CUUCACAACACACUCAUUCGACCGGCUGCUCCUCGAUUUGAUCAGCUAAACCUUGCUGGCAGCAUGAGAGCAGUAUUAUGACUACGGCUGUUAUGAGAGAUACUGCAACCUGGAAUAGCAUGCCUAGCAUUUAAAGUUCUGAAAGAGCUUUGACGGAAUUAGAGAGCGCAAUGGGAAAUACCAUGAAAACACCAAGAGCAUCUGAAGAAACAAAUGUGCCAAGCCAAAUGGGUCAGGAGAAUGAUUUCCUUGCUGUCCUCUAUGACUAUCCUUCAUCAGACAUAAGCCAACCUAUAUUUCAUGUAGGGGAAAAACUACGUGUGCUAUCAGAUGAAGGAGGCUGGUGGAGAGUCCAUUCCCUUACAACAGGUCGAGAAAACUAUAUUCCAGGAAAAUAUGUAGCAAAGGUUUACCACGGCUGGUUAUUUGAAGGGUUGGGAAGAGAAAAAGCAGAAGAACUUCUACUGCUACCCAACACCAAGGUCGGAUCGUUCAUGAUCAGAGAGAGUGAAACCAGGAAAGGGUUAUACUCCUUGUCUGUGCGGCACAGACAAGUAAAACAUUACAGGAUCUUCCGUCUUCCAAAUAACUGGUAUUACAUCUCUCCACGGCAAACCUUCCAGUGCCUUGAAGACCUUGUGAAUCACUACUCAGAAGUUGCUGAUGGUCUCUGCUGUGUCCUUACAACACCUUGUCUUACCCAGUGCUCUAACAACAGUGUAAUGAACCAAGUUCCUCCUGUGGUGAUGCGGAAUAAAAACUUCAACUGGAGAAAUCUUCACAGGCUGGAGGUGACUGAAGAUACUGAGAGCACCCUGGCAGCAAUGGAUGACUCUUGUCUUAGCUAUGGAUUGAGGGAAAGUAUCGCUUCCUACCUGUCCUUAACAGGGGAUGAUAACACUUCUUUUGCAAGUGCCAGAAAGAAGAAAGCCCAGUCCUUCAUAUACACAGGGUGCAAACGGAAGAGUACCCUUCACUUACCACCUACAUACUAUGAGGACUAAAUUUAAGACAACCAGGAGGAAAAAAAAGACAAAACUGAGGAGUUAGAAGAGAAACCCAGAGCAUUCUUUGGUCCUGCAGUCCUUCAAAGGCUGAGAGGUAGAAGCACACCAGCUGAUGACCAAAUACUGGCAAUGCUUCUGCACUUCCUCUUCUGAAUGUUAACCAGAGACCUUCUUAAGGAUGCUGUCUCAGCCACGGCAUACACUGGGAACAUCCCCAGUGCACCUGACAUUAGAACCUAAUCACAAGCAGGACAGACUGAGACAGACUCAGAGUCAAAAGCCAAGUGAGGCAGAUGACUCUUCAGCAUGUCCAGCAUUGUACAAAGGUGAUUGCAUACAGAAGGACUAACUAUAGCUCAAGAACUUAAAUUAAGUCUUACUAUGGUAUUCUCCACAACGCUGAAAACUAUCCUGACAGAACUACCUACAAUGAAAACAGGAAGCUUUUUCUGCUCCAUAAGGAGAAUGUAGCGGCCUGUGGUGUCACAAAAUGGUCAUAAAAUUAAGAACAGAUUUAACUCACUGGGAAAAGCAGUUCCUGUUUAACCCUGAGCUGGGAGUACAGGCAAAAGCCUACCUCAGCUGCUCAUAGUCUACCAGAUAUACAGGAAAGAGCAAAGAGAUUUUUAAUUGGAAACUAAAAUGUGGUAAUAUCAUGCCUAACUGCAAAGGUAGGCUUGUAAAGGUGUCACCUUUUAUGUAUAGAGGACCAGAUUUUAACCUUAUGUCCUGAAGGCACCCCAUAUUUAUGUACAAUAUUUAUAUUAAUAGCAGCUUUUUAAAUAAUUAAACUAAGAGAGCAAAUCAGCAACAGUGGAUUUUAAAGAGUAUUCUGAAUUUCUUGUCUGAAGAGAGUUCUGUCAAAGAGUAACGACACAUUUCAUCAAACUCCUUCAAGAUUUGUAACCAGGUUAUCUGGAAUUA